AUGCUUCUCAAGUACUUCACGGUUGCCGUCGUUGCCGUGCUCGCCACCGCCAACCCCCUGGGCCUAACUGUCGACAGCUCCGCGCCCCUUCUGGCCAGCUAUGAGUCCGAGGUCAUCCCCGACAGCUACAUUGUCGUUUUCAAGGACGAUGUCGCCCCGAGCAAGCAGGCGUUCCAGAGCCACUUCACCUGGCUGACCAGCGAUAUCCAGGCCGCCAACGCACUCUCUCCGUCCAACCACGAGGUCAACAAGAUUAACCACGUCUAUGAGGACGCCAUCGUUGGCUACUCUGGCCGCUUCCAGCCGGAGAUCCUCGAGCGCAUCCGCAAGUCGCCUGACGUUGCUUACGUCGAGAAGGACUCGAUGGUCUAUGCCUCCGACGUUGCGCACCAGACGAACGCCCCCUGGGGACUGUCGCGCAUCUCGCACCGCGAGCAGCUCACCUUUGGCACCUAUGGCAAAUACGAUUACGACGGGAAGGCUGGCGAAGGCGUGACUGUCUACGUCGUCGACACCGGUGUCAACAUCGACCACGUUGACCUGGAGGGCCGUGCCCGCUGGGGCAAGACUAUUCCGCUGAACGAUAUCGACAAAGACGGCAACGGCCACGGCUCGCACGUCGCAGGCACCAUCGCCGGCAAGCGCUUCGGUGUCGCCAAGAAGGCCAAUGUUGUUGCAGUCAAGGUCCUCGGCACCAACGGCUCUGGCUCCAUGUCUGAUGUCGUCAAGGGCGUCGAGUUCACCGUUACUGAGCACCGCAAGGAGCUGGCCAGUGCCAAGAGGGCCGGAAAGACCCACAAGGGCAGUGUCGCCAACAUGAGUCUGGGCGGUGGCCUCAGCCGUGCCCUCAACCUCGCUGUUGAUGCUGCUGUUCGUGCUGGCGUCCACUACGCCGUUGCUGCCGGAAACGACAACCGGGAUGCCUGCCAGUACUCGCCCGCCAGCUCGCCCAACGCUAUCACUGUCGGUGCCUCGUCGGUCAGCGAUGACCGCGCAUGGUUCUCCAACUACGGCAAGUGCGUCGACGUCUUUGGCCCCGGUCUCAACAUCCAGUCCAUCUGGAUUGGCAGCAAGUACGCCACCAACACUAUCUCCGGUACCUCGAUGGCCAGCCCCCACGUUGCUGGCCUUGCUGCUUACCUGCUGUCGCUUGAGGAUGCCCCGCUGACUGGCGAAGAGCUCAAGUCCAAGAUCCGCAGCCUGUCGACUCGCGGUGUCCUGAAGGAGAUUGGCGACCAGUCUCCGAACCUGCUCAUCUUCAACGGCGUCUCCAAGUAA